GGCGCCUCAGUCCUCCUCGGAACUCAGUCGAGUACGCAUGUAUACGCUAACGAAAAUAGUGACGAUAAAAACAUAAAAUCGUUUUUGUUUCACUCUUUCAAUAACGUGAAGUGAAUUAACUUAAACUUGGUAUUUGGAUUUUCCUUCUGUGGCAGCAUGAAGUGUCAGUGACACGGUGUGAGGUGCGUGAGGUGUGUGAGGUGCGCGGCACAAUGACGUCGGAGCGAGCCAUCCCUCACCUGCGAGAUAUCUUCAGCCUGAACCAGCAAUAUGACGGCAAAACAUACGACGACGACGACACCAACAAGAAGACCGCACGCAAGAAAAAGGAGGACUACCGCACUUACGCCAACGGCGACGUCAAGACACUCGAAAGGCAUCUCAGUAUGAAAAAGACGAUAAGGAAAAAGAUCAUGCGUGAUCUUCAGCAAGCGUUCGUUGAAGACCCUAACGAGUUUAAGGUCGAGAACACGAGCCCGGAAAAAUUGAAAGCGGAAUUGAGCGCGGAGGCAGUUAAAAUCGAGAAGAACGUUCGUAAGAAUGAUCCGACUUUCUUAGACAUGUUGCGCGGAGAGACCAGGGGCGAGGAGACGCGGGAAGAGCAGCCGCCCGCUGAGAAGACCAGCUUCUGGCGACGACUCACCAUGAAGAAUAAGAAUAAGAGAUAAUUGAAGAGUGUCAGCCGAACACCUCUUACUCCGUUUUAUGACCACAUUCUCUAGGAGAUUGGGACUCCAAUUAAGAAAUUAUCCACUGGCAGCUCAAAGAUCUCGAUUUAAUUUUAUCGAUUCUCAAUCUCCUAGUGAAUAAUUUAUUGAUCUCUGUGUCAAUUAAAUGAAUGUUCUAUAAAAUAUUUGUAAUGAAAUAAGAAAGUAACAUUAAGUGAAGCCGACUUUUGAAGCAAGUUAAUAUCAUAUCGUAUUUUAUUCACCGACUGAUCUUGUAAAACUUUACACUGCCUCUGGUUGACUAUUUCUGUACAUUGUAUUUUUAUAUACUAAGUAUUUGAGAUAGAUGUGUUUUUCAAAUUGUACCCUUUAAAUGAACGACGCAAAAUGUUUAUCAUUUUUUGAUAUGUAGUUGAGAUAAAUUGAUCGAAGAAUUUACAUCAUUUGUAAAUAAGUCCUCUAUUGGGAAUUAAUGCAAUCUGAAAAUUCAAUUUCUAUCAGAGUAAUAUUUCAUUGAAAUCGACUCUUACUGUAUUAAGCUUUUUAAUGGAAAUUCAAAGGAAAAUCUUCAUAAACACCUGGGAAUUUUACACAAUUAUGAAUGCAAUUUUAUGCAAGUGGUUAUACUGUUUUAACUAUCCAUAAAGGCCAAAAAAAGAACAGGAAAAACUGUUGACCCGAUUUUAGUGAAUUUCACCUAUUUUUUAGUAUUCCGUACGUUUGACCGAGUGUUAUUCCUAUUGUAUUUGAUAUUAAGAUGCAUUUACUCUGGGAAUUUUUAUGUACUUAAUGAGAUCUAGUUGUAUAAUGCUUAAUAUUAAGUUUUUUAUUGUCUACGUUGUUUAGGUUAAGCUUACGGGUUGGAACGGAGUAUGAGAUAUCGGUAAAUGUUGUAUUAUUAUUGAAAAAUCUCGUUCGUAUGUGAUGUAAUUAAGUCGGAAAGCAUAGAGUAAGCGAUUCUUAAAUGUGUAGUUCAAGGUAGGCUCGUGGCAAUUCCCUGUUGUGACAUUUUUUAUCAUAAUUAUUAUCCUAUAUAAAGUGAUUUUACACGUUUA